AAAAAGCCGCUGCCGCCCAUGCUUAUGAGCAUUGUGGCAGUGGAUUGAGACCAAUUGAUCUUCAUAGCGGCUGCCCACCCUGCUCUUCCUUUUCCCUUAAAUUGGACAUCAGUUGGCCUGCGCCCUCCUUCCCCAUUCCACACUCGCGAUGAUCUCCGUCACCAGUGUCCUCGCUCUCCUGGCCGCGGCGCGUGCAGCCAGCGCGCAGAGCCCUCUGGCUCCCAAGGCGUACAACUACCUCCCGCUCGGCGCAGUCAAGCCCGCUGGGUGGCUUCAUGACCAGGUCAUGGUCCAGACGAACGGGCUUGCAGGCCAGCAGAGCCAGUUCUACAACUACGUGCAUGACAGUGACUGGACGGGUGGUAGCUCAUUCUACUCCAACCUCGAGGAGGCUGGCAGCUACUGGUUCAACGGCAUUGUCCCGAACGCGUUCGUCCUUGGCUCCUCUGACUCGGACCUCCAAACCCAAGCGACCAACUUCCUUACGUACGUGUUCGACAACCAAGACUCGACGGGCUGGCUCGGGCCCGAGGUGUUCGACACGAGCAAGCCGCGCUACCUCUGGGGGCGGUAUCUUUUCUUAUUUGGCGCGAUCCAGAUGAUCGAGAACAACCCCUCGCUCGCGGACACGUACGUGCCCAAGAUCUGGUCCUUUGUCAAUCUCGCGUACUCGAUGGUGCAGAACAACAACACCGGCCUCGAGGAGUGGGGCAACGCGCGCUGGGAAGAGUUUAUCAUCUCGCUGCAGUGGUUGUACGAGAAUCACCCGAAUGGGAACGAGGCGAUGUUGCUUGACUUUAUGAACAAGUUGAAGACGACGGGCGUGCAAUGGGAUCAGGUGUUCUCGGAGCAGAAUUUCCCGCAGGGCCCCACGGAAGGGUUGACGAACCCUUUCAACAACACGCUGGUGUGGCAUGGGGUGAACGUUGCGGAGGGCGUCAAGGCAGCGGCGGUUGCGUAUCGGUUUACGAACGACACGUCGUUGCUGCAGAGCGCUAGCGACGGCUGGGACCGGCUCUUCCAGUACCACGGCCGUCCGUCAGGCAUAUUCUCUGCAGACGAGUAUCUCGCCGGUUUGGAUGCACACCGUGGUACGGAGCUGUGCGAUGUCGUCGAGACGAUGUUCUCGGGCUCGUACCUCUUCCAGGUCACCGGUGACAUCAAGUACCUCGAUCGCGCCGAGCGCAUCGCGUACAACGCGCUCCCGGGCACGCUCACUGGCAGCAUGUGGUCACGCCAAUACCUCCAGCAGCAGAACCAGGUCGCCGCCCAGAACAUGGUCAACAACCCCUUCCCCCAGGAUGGCCCGUACUCGAAUGUGUUCGGGCUUGAGCCCAAUUACCCGUGUUGCACGGUGAACCACCCACAAGGCUGGCCUAAGUUCGUUUCGAACGCGUUCGUCACCACGCCCGACGGUAACUCGCUUGUUCAAGCCUACCUCGGUCCCUUUUCUACGUCGACGUCCCUCAAUGGCAAUAACGUCCAAGUCGACGUCGACACCAUGUAUCCUUUUGCCGACACGCUCACGACUACCAUCACCGCCGACAAAGCCUUCACCUUCUACGUCCGCGUCCCGAGCUGGGUCUCCGGCGGCACCUUCGCGACCAAUGGCGGCGCCGCGCAGCCGCUCGCUCCAUCAAACGGUCUGCAGGCCGUGCAAGCCGGCGCGGGCACUACGACGCUCGAUCUCGUCUACACCCCAGAGAUCACGACCGAGGACCGGCCCGCAGGAUCCAUCGCCGUGCACCGCGGGCCGCUGCACUACGCGUACGACAUCGCGCGCACGCAAAAGCAGCUCGCACAGAACGCGGACCAGGCGCUCGCGGUCGACCUCGAGUUCGACGCGAACGCGCCGUGGCAGUACGCCAUCGACACAACAACGCUUGCGUUCGCGAGCAACCUGCCGACGCAGAACGGGACGCUGCCCAGUCCGAUCUGGGAUACUGGCCUGCCGCCGGUGAGCAUGACUGUGACAGCGUGCCCGAUCGACUGGGCGCUCGCGGGGACGACGUAUGCGGCGGUGCCGCCGACGAGCCCGAGCUGUACGGGUAACCCGACGAAUAUCACGUUGUGGCCGUAUGGCGCGACCAAGUUGAGGAUCGGGGAGUUCCCGCAGUUUACGGUCCCAAGCUAGAGUUCGCGAUGCUGAGGGUUCUGGUCGAGGUUUCCGUUUGAAGAGGAGUGCGACAUGAUUUAGUACGGCCAUGGAUGUGACCGUUUUGUAUAUUUAUGUACGAGUAUAUACUUUCACUGACAAUGAUGAUAAGCCCGGGGCAGAGCAUGCCCUAGGACGUUGCAACUCUC